AUGGCAAUCUGUGCAAUUUCUCAGAUGGGCGACUUACACAGUAACCCAUCACGAAGUCGCGAAGGUUCUGUCGAUCGAGACGAAAACACUAAUUACGAAUCAGCGAUAGUCAAGUGGGAAGUGAGAAAUGCUGGGAUUUUGGUACAGAAAAAGUUCGUGGGAAUCGAUAAUGCAACACUAUCAAUGACCACUCGUACAAUAUUUCAUAUCGGUUUGACUGAUCCUCCAACCAUUAACCCCGCAACGUAUCCGAAAAUUCAAGCUUUAUCAAAACGUGAAUUCCGCAACUCAUCGAAGCAUAUAUUCAGCAACAUUGAUAAGCAAGCCUGGGAUGGAAGAUUUUGCAAUGACGGUGGAGAUUGA